CAAAAAUGUUCCUGUCAGAAAACCAUUAGGAUUUUGAACUGAGUGCAUAACUACUAAUUCACAGAACAAGUAUCUACUAGAAGACUGCAGGAAGACACUGAGCGUUUCAAUCGAAAUUUGAUAUAACUUGUUGCAACUUCUUGUUGUAUUGAAGACUCUUAUGGCGUCGGAGAUGAACCUCGUAGGACCUUCCCAUCUACCUUCAUCUGAGGGAUUUUCUCUUUCUGAAGGUCCUCAUUUAUUUGGUGUGCUUCCAGAACCAAUGACUUCUCCAAUGCAAGAUUCGGACGUGUCAACUUACUCACAGUACAACACCGUACCGUACAACUUUUCCACAGUGCAGCCUCCAAUCUCUUCACCGCCUUAUUACUCCAACCUCAGCUUCUAUCCCCAACAGCCUGAAGAAUGGUACCCACCUGUAAUGUAUGAGCUCAGAAAAAUGCCUUCUGAUAAUUUUUUCACAAAGGAGCCAGACCUAGGGGGCAUGGCUGUAACCAAGAAGUCUCGGUUGGGCUAUUCCUCUGGAAGAAUGAAAGGCGAGGAGCUGUGUGUUGUCUGUGGUGACAAAGCCUCUGGGUAUCAUUAUAACGCCCUUACUUGUGAAGGCUGCAAAGGUUUCUUCAGAAGAAGUAUCACCAAAAAUGCUGUAUAUAAGUGCAAAAAUGGAGGGAACUGCGAAAUGGACAUGUAUAUGAGGAGAAAGUGUCAGAAGUGCCGUCUACAAAAGUGCAAAGAAGUAGGAAUGCUGGCUGAAUGUUUGUUAACAGAAAUACAAUGUAAGUCAAAACGACUAAGAAAAAAUACAACACAGCCAAUAGAUCAGACAACUGGUGAAGAUACUGAGGGACCUGACUUGAAGCAAGUGUCAUCUACAACCAAAUUCUACAAGGAGAAAGUAGAACUAACCCCAGAACAGCAGAAUCUUCUUCACUAUAUCAUGGAUUCAUAUAAUAAGCAACGAUUUCCUCCUGAGGUUUCUAAAAAGCUUGUACAAGAGGCAUUUAGUGCUGAAGAGAAUUUUCUCAUCUUAACAGAAAUGGCCACCAGUCAUGUACAGGUCCUGGUGGAAUUCACCAAAAGACUACCAGGUUUUCAAACCCUUGACCAUGAGGACCAGAUCGCUUUGCUAAAGGGUUCAGCCGUGGAAGCCAUGUUCCUUCGGUCAGCUGAGAUCUUCAACAAGAAACUUCCUGUAGGGCAUGCUGACCUCCUAGAAGAAAGAAUUCGCAACAGUGGUAUCUCAGAUGAAUAUAUAACACCUAUGUUCCAUUUCUAUAAAAGUAUUGCGGAACUGAAGAUGACCCAAGAAGAAUAUGCUCUCCUCACAGCAAUAGUUAUCUUAUCCCCAGACCGGCCAUAUAUACAGGACAGAGACUCUGUGGAAAGGCUUCAAGAGCCUCUGCUUGGCGUUCUGCAAAAAAUCUGCAAGCUUUAUCACACAGAUACUCCUCAACAUUUUGCAUGCCUCCUGGGCCGUCUUACAGAACUGCGGACUUUUAAUCACCACCACGCGGAAAUGCUGAUGUCUUGGAGAGUCAAUGACCACAAGUUUACACCACUUCUUUGUGAAAUAUGGGAUGUACAGUGAUAACAAUGGGGUUGAUGGUAAUCCUAUCAUUUAAUUUGGAACCAAUGGAACUUAUUCCUCAUAAAUAUAGUCAGGAUCAGAUUCUUUGUUUUGUAAUUUAUUUUAAAGCACCAAGAAGCAUUCAUAGUAAAGUUUCCUUAUGGGGGCUUAUAUUGUUUACUAUUUACCAAAUGUUACGUAAAAGACUUUUUAUAUGGGAAGCUAGAGUAAAUUAUCCUGGCACAUAAGCCUCUUGGAACAAAACCAAACUGACUCCUUCAGAAGUAGAUAUCUUAUUCUUGAAAUUGAACUAAUCAUAUCUCCAUUCCUUCCUCUUAAAAUCAUGAGAUUUCCAUGUUUGU